CCGGCGGUCGCCCCCCGUUUUCGCCAUGUUGCGGAGAUACCGGGCAGUGCGGCGUGCCGCCGCCGCCGGAUGUCGAUGGUGGCGAGUCAGGAUGGCGGCGCGGCCCGAAACAGCGGCUACACAGUUGAAAGGUAAUAAGGAUUUGGCCGAGCCGUGCGAGUCGCUGGCGUUGACGACGCAAAUUGACGCGACGCGAGCCCAAUACUCCCCGUAUAUAUCUCCAGUUUGCACGACCAACUGCCAGCUGCAAAAGGCGAGAGUUCAGUGGAAAAAACAGAUGGUCGCUGUUCAGACCGUGCAUGCGGCGCUCUUGCCGUCGACGACGACGACGCGCAGGCGGCCAUCACCGGGUAGGCUACCGAGGCGUUCCCCCAUCCGCGCACGAGCCGGAUCGUCCGAGACAUCGUCGCCACGCGGCCGCGAGAACUGGCGGGUGCAGGAGGCGCUCGCACGGGUCGCCGAGAUCCAGGUUCUGAAGGUCCGCAUCGCCAGCUUCCUCGACGACUGCUCCGAGAACCUGCUCUGGCUCGCGGAGAACGCAGCGCUCGACGCGACGGCACAGGACAGCCUGAGGGUGCUCGACCUCGACGGCGCCGCCGACGAUGAGAUAAUGGAGAGGCUGUACUGUAAGUUGGGUCGUUCGACGACGCGCAAGCAGAGGAGAAGUGGAUGGACUUGAUCGGCUUGGGCAUAGACGAAGGUGUAUCCGUUGAAAGCAUCGGUGAGGAAGCCAAACAUGAACAUGUGCUGGUGGCAAGGGAGAGCGGACGGUACAGGACUCGCAGGAACGUUUACCUCGGUGUCAUGGGAUUGAUCUGGGUUGGCCUGAUGCAGACCACCGUGUUCGCGGCGCCCAACGUGGAGUUGGACAAGUUUGCGGCCCUGUGUCUCAUCUUUCUUGCCCAUAUUGUUCAGGUCUGCUUCAAGGAGGAAACUGAUAAGAAACAAGUGUGUGUAAAUCAUGAGACUCAGAUCAGCGGAAGGCAGCGGUAGACUCCAAUCAUUUGGUUUGGUUUAAAGUAGACAGGGAUAUGACAGGCAAUUUGGACAGUAAUGAUAUGUUACAUGUAAUAACUUUACACGUCGUAAAAUUAUAGCGGUUGAUAUAGUUUACUUAACUGUCUGGUAACCAAUGGACAAUAUCCUUCUCUUUC